CGUCACGUUGAUUUCGGUAAACGACACGAUAGACAGCGCAGCAUCCGAUAAGCCUGCUUGCCUACUCUCCUCCCUCGUCAUCCUCCUCCCCGAUCUGGCAAUCUCGAUCCGGCCGGCGACUUCUCUGAUCCAGUCCACUUUCAACGCCGUCGCCCGAUCUCCAUCAGCACCAUGUUCGGCCGCCUCGCCCCCUUUGUGUUCCUCCCGCUCGUCCUCUCCUUCUUCUCCCCUUCCGCCGCCGAAAUCAAAACCCUAAAGAUCACCUCCGACUCCCGCCCCAUCAUCUUAUUCGAGGACUUCGGUUUCACCAUCUCCGGAGAAGUCUCCGUCACCGUCUCCGAUGUCUCCUUCUCCUCCUCUUCGUCCGAUGAACUCUUCGGCUUCUUCCUCGUCUCCGACGCCAGCCUCCUCCAGUUGGUCCACGACUCAGAGCAGCCUAACCAGAACCCCGCUCCCCUUCCCAGCUGCGCCCUCCAGAGCCCUUACGUCGAACCACUCCUCACCUUCCACGAGGUCGUCGCCACCCCCUCCCACAACUUCACCAAAGUCUUCAAGGUCCACCAUCCCGACGAGUACGGUCUCUACUUUGCCAACUGCGUUCCCGGCGCCUUGGUAUCCAUGACGGUCCGCACCGCGAUGUACAACACCCGCCCGGACGGCACCCGCGACUACUUCUCCGUCGGCCAGUCCGCCGUUCCCUCCACCUAUGCCUUCUUCUCCGUUGCUUACUUUGCUGGCCUCAUCAUCUGGGCCUAUAUCUGCUUCCGUAACCGGCUCGAUGCCCACAGGAUUCACCUCCUCAUGGCUGCCCUCUUGCUUGCUAAAGCCCUCGAUCUCCUCUUCGCUGCUGAGGACCUCCACUACACCCGCUCUACGGGCACGCCCCAUGGCUGGGACGUCCUCUUCUACGUUUUCAAGUUCGUGAAAGGUGUCCUCUUGUUCACUGUCAUCGUCCUCAUCGGCACUGGGUGGUCUUUCCUCAAGCCCUUCCUCCAGGAGCGCGAGAAGAGGGUGCUCGUGAUCGUAAUUCCACUUCAGGUCAUUGCAAACAUUGCGUCGGCGGUGGUCGGCGAGACUGGACCCUUCUUGAAGGGUUGGGUUAAAUGGAACCAGGUCUUCCUUCUCAUCGACGUUGCUUGUUGCUGUGCCGUCUUGUUCCCGAUCAUUUGGUCAAUAAGAACUCUAAAGGAGACUUCGAAAACGGACGGGAAGGCAGCUAGGACUCUUGCAAAGCUCACUCUUUUCCGGAAGUUCUAUGUUGCUGUUAUUGGGUACUUGUACUUCACGAGGAUCGUGGUGUAUGCAUUGAGAACAAUUACAUCCUACAAGUACCGAUGGGCGAGUGUGAUGGCUGAGGAGACUGUGACUUGUGCCUUUUACGUCUUCAUGUUUUAUAUGUUCAGGCCGAAGGAGAGGAAUGAGUACUUUGUGCUCGAUGACGACGAAGAGGAGGCAGCCGAAGCUGCACUGAGGGAGGAGGAGUUUGAACUUUAAAUCUGGUAAUGCUGCUUUCUCGUUACGAGCUUGAAAACAUUAUUAUUCUAUCUUGAUUUUCUCCUAUUUGUGUUUCUUUAAUGUCAGUGACCGAUUUCUCACUUAUUUCUCCACGUCAAAGCAAAUAUUUUGUUUCUA